CGGGCGGGUGCGAGCGCUGACGUCAGCGGGGCGCGGCGGCGAGCAGACGGCGCUCCGGAGACCGGGGCCGGUGGGCGGGUGCGAGCGCUGACGUCAGCGGGGCGCGGCGGCGAGCAGACGGCGCUCCGGAGCCUGCGGCUGAGGCUAUCCGCACAGGACGAGCGCGUCAACCCGAGGCGGCAGGACUCGGACAUGGCGGCCACCACCAUCUCCACCCAGAGAGGCCCGGUGUUCAUUGGAGAGCUGCCACAAGAUUUCCUUCGCAUUGUACCGACUCAGCAGCAGCAGCAAGUGCAGCUUGAUGCACAGGCAGCUCAGCAAAUGCAGUUUGGAACAGAAACAGCUACUAUGGGCAGACUAAGCAUCACAGUGGUACAGGCAAAACUGGCAAAAAACUAUGGAAUGACACGCAUGGAUCCAUAUUGCAGAAUACGUCUUGGUUAUGCUGUUUAUGAGACGCCUACAGCACACAAUGGAGCAAAAAACCCAAGAUGGAACAAAGUUGUACAGUGUACUGUGCCACCUGGGGUUGAUUCAUUCUACCUGGAGAUAUUUGAUGAGCGAGCUUUCUCUAUGGAUGACAGAAUUGCUUGGACUCACAUAACUAUCCCGGAAUCAUUAAAAGAAGGAAAAGUAGUGGAUGAAUGGUACAGCCUUAGUGGGCGACAGGGUGAUGACAAAGAAGGAAUGAUCAACCUUGUUAUGUCUUAUGCAAUUCUGCCACCAAACAUGUUCGUGCAGCCACAACCAGUAGUACUGAUGCCCACUGUCUACCAACAGGGAUUAGGAUAUGUGCCAAUUACGGGGCUUGAGUAUUUUGCAUUGGGUGUGCCAACUGUUUAUACACAAGGAAUGAUCCCUGUUGGAGCACCGACACAGGUUUCUGCUCCACAAAGUCUGUACAGUGAGGAAGAUCUCAAAUCUAUUCAGGAUAUGUUCCCUAACAUGGACAGAGAAGUGAUCCGAACAGUGUUGGAAGCACAGGCAGGCAACAAGGAUGCAGCAAUUAAUUCCUUGCUUCAGAUGAAUGAAGAGUCAUAGAAAUAUGGUCAGUCAAUGUUGCCAACACCUCAUCAUAACUGAAGUAUUUCUGCAUCAAGGACUUUGAGCUUUCUCCGCUGAUUUAUCUGGUUUAAGGAUGCAUGUGUCCAGUAAUCUGCACAUUGUACUAAAAGUUUGUAAUUGUAUUAAUCUUAGAGCAUUCCAUAAUCUUAGUGCAUAUGUUUAAGAUCAGAGAGGCUGGUGCAAUCAUCUUGUGGAUAAUACUUAUGAAAAGGUUCUCCACUGAGCUUUGUUUUAACUUGAUGCUUAUGAUUUUUGCAGUGGGUCUGUCAUACAUCCUGCAAAAUUCUGUGCACAUUGUUUGGUUGUCAAAUGCUUUCCCAGAAUAUUGUUGUUACUUAAGAGUUUAUUAAAAUGUAUAUUAGUUGUAAAGAUAUAUAUCACGAGUUGAAUAGUCAUAGUGUAUUAUAUCACAAGUUUCAUUAUAAAAUAAAAUUGCCUAAAAUUACUAGCUAGGGUCAGGUGUGAAGGGUAUGCGGGAAAAAUAAAUGGUUUGGAUUGUAUGGUGCUGGACUUGGGACUGUAUAGGCUUGGUAGAAGUAAAAGAUGUGAAUAAUGAAAUUAUCUUCUCCCAUUUCACCACUCACUCAAAAGGUACUUAGAAAGUAAUACAUAUAUUCUUGUUUAACACUGACAUUAUAAAGUCUAAUUUUCAUGAGAAACCCCACACCUAGUCAUUCUAAGUUUUCCCUGAAUUUUUUUUUUCCAAAAGACAUGUUGCAUGUAGAUGGCUUGGAAAUUCCCAUUACAAAGCAUGGUGGUGCCAUAUCAUCCAGAAAUGAAAAGACAAUUAUGGAUUUGGUUAAGCAUGAGACUAGGAGUUACACUUAAUAUACUGUAUGUUUUUGAUGAAGCUGUUAGCAAAUUUAUUGUCCUCUAGUAUCAAUAAUACUUAAUAUUGUGUCUUACCUUGGACCUCCUGGGGCAUUUUGUACAUAUGCAGGUAGUUGGUCUUUUGAGAACCAAAACCAAAGAACCAAGGUGUAGCUUAUUUAAUAUGCUACAUCUAUCUUUUAAACUAGUGGCUAUAAGAGCUGGUCUGUGGCGUAGGUGCUGGAAAGUGGCAUUACGUACAUAAUUAUGUCCUGACAAAGGGUCUCAAGCCUGAAAUGUUGACUGUUUAUUCUUUUCCUACUGUGUUCCUUCAGCAUUUUCUGUUGCUCUGAUUGCUAGUGUGUGCAGAAUCUUUUGUAUUAAUGAGUAAGCAGGUUAAUUUAUUUUCCUUUCAAAAGAAUAGCCACAGUGGGGUGACUGGUCUGAAAUUUUACAAUAGCACCACACAAAACCAAACCCUUUGCCUUAUGCUGCUGUGCUGCACUAAUUAAGCCAAUCCCUUCUGUGUACACAUUGUCCUAUUCCUCCAUUCUCUGCCCAUUCAUUUGCCUAUCCCAGUGUCUUGAACAUCUAUUGCAUUUCCAUUCUUAAUGUAAUAACAGGAAAUUAAGCUCAGUGUUUAAUGUGUUUGUGGUUAUGAUACAUGAUGAUUAUGCUGACUUUUCAUUUACUCUAAGAUCAAUAUAAUCCUUUUAAACAUCCCUAAUGUAACUUCCCCUAUCACCAACCCCAACAGUUCAUUCCAUGCACUCAGUACUCUAUAUAAAAGAAACUAUCUUGCUAUCCCCCCUUAUACUUCCCUCCCAUCACCUUAAAACAUGGGUUCCCAACAUAGGGGUCCACAGACCACUUGUUUAAUGGUAUUGGUCUAUGGCAUAAAAAAGGUGCUAGCUAUCCACUCUAUGCCUCUUAUACAACAAUCUAGUCACCUCUCAUCCUCCAUGACUUCAAAACAAAAAGGCUCAGCUUGCUCAAUCUUUCCUCUCUAAUUCAGGCACCAUCCUAAUGAAUCGACUUAGCACCCUCUCUAAAGUUUCUGAAAAUAGGGCAACCAAAACUAAAUAAAAUGUAGAGUCAUAGAAAGGUACAGCAUAGAAAGCUGCAACAUUUCUGCACAGCUCUUGAAUUCUGCCAUUAACCUUGUAGUCUUGCCUUCCAAGUUCAACCUUCCAAAGUUAAUCACUUCACAGUUCUCCAGCUUGAACUCCACUUGCCAUUCUCAGUGCAACACAGCAUUCUUUGAAUGUUCUAUUGUAAUCCGUAACAUCCUUCCACAGCAACCACACCACCACCAAUCUUCUGCAACCCUGCUAACACACCUCUCCACUUCCUUAUCCAAUUUAUUUACAAAAAUCACAAAGAGCAGGGGUUCAAAUUAAAUGGCGUAUUGGUACCAAGGGAGAGAUAAAGGAUGCUUAUCAACAUACUUUAGUUUCUUGUUUGACAACCACUAAUUUAAAGUUGUAAUUAUUGGUGUGGUGCGUGGCCAAGUGGGUAAGGCAUCAGUCUGGUGAUCUGAAGGUCACUAGUUCAAGCCUUAGUGGAGGCAGCAUGUUGUGUCCUUGAGCUAGGCACUUAACCGGACAUUGCUCUAACGACACCAGUGUCAAGUUGUAUGGGCCCUAACGUCCUUCCCUUGGACAACAUCAGUGGCGUGGAGAGGGAAGACGUGCAGCAUAGGCAACUGUAGGUCUGCCCAGGCCUCAGUCAUCAUCGGAAAUUGAUGGACAGCCUAAGAAGAUUCAGACUCAGUGACAACCUCUGUGCAGCCUACUUCUGUGUUGUGUAUUCCUAAUUUCAUCAUUUGACCAAUCCUUUGCCUUGAUUGUAACGGCUGGAAUUCACGUUCUGAAUUUUGCAGCUUUAUUUUUAGUAACUGAAAACCUACCUUUGACUAAGCUUUUGAAGCUAUUCCUGUAAGCUGGCAGCAGAUUUUGUCUAAUUAUACAUGUGAAAUGU